AUGCUUUUUCUAUUCCUAUCAUUAAUUUUGUAUGCAACGGCCCAGGACGUCCUCUACGUCUCCAAAACCGAGCUCAUGAGCACGAAUUGCUACGCGACGUGUCAAGAGACGGGCGCCAAAUACGUGGUCUACUACCCGAACGAUACCUGCCAAUGCCUCGGCGUGCCCGACGAUGUUACGGGGAGUGUCGUGGAGCUGAACCUGACCCAAGAUUCCAUAGUUCAAGGCAAACUGCGCAACAACAAUGCCAGCAACUUCGCCAGGGACAGUCCCUUACAAACUUCUGCGGUGGAAAAAUUUAUUGGCGUUACGUUUCCGGAAACUGUCGAGAGCGUCACACCGGGUUGGGGCGCCUGGACGACGGCUGUGCCGUGCAAUGCACCGUUCAGAUGCGGAAUGUGCGGAACGAUGACGCAGAACAGGACCUGUCUCGCCGAACCGUGCAAAGGACUCGCGACGAGAACGCUGAAAUGCCCGGUUUUCACGUGCACGUUGCCGCUGGACACUUGCUGUCGCGGCUACUCAAAGCAACUGAACAUAAGGCUAAAAAUCUACACGUGUCAGCUAGAUGUC